AUGGCGACACCGUCGAGCAAAAGCGUGAAAAGCGAGAUCCCAAAUACAAUCCGGGUUGACUGGAAUGAUGCUGAGCUCAAUGCGCACACGUUAUUCUGCGAUGACCAAAAGCUAAUCGCUGCAGUUUCCCUGGAUGUGGACCUGGUGGCAAAAGUCGGCAAGGGUGGUGCCGAGGAAAAACGCAUCCUGAACAAAGUCAGUGGAUUUGCGCUUCCUGGUGAACUCCUCGCGAUUAUGGGACCUUCUGGUGCCGGCAAGACAUCACUGCUGAAUUGCCUGGCUGUCCGUACAAGCCCAACGGAGGGCAGCCUAACCUUCAAUGCGACAGAGUACUCUGCCUCCCUCAAGCGUCGAAUCGCGUACGUUCAUCAGCAGGAGAUGCUGCUGGAAUGCUACACUCCAAAGGAGCACUUGUUGUUCCAGAGCACUCUCCGGAUGCCUCGAGACGUGACGUCCAGCCAGCGGCGAGAACGCGUUGCAAAGUGCCUCCACCUGCAAGAUGUCAAUCUCAGCGCAGCUAAGGUUGGGGCUGGAGACACGUUGCUGCAGUAA